AAGCAUUUAAACAUAAAACCCCAAGGCUUGACUUUUAGGGUUUCUUCAAACUUACACUCAUUAGCCUUGAUAUCUCCGCUCUUUUUCCUGCAAUAACAGUGAAUCUCCAUUAAUGGUGGAAUUUGCAAAAGAAACUACCUGUGAAGUGCAGCCCUGAGCUUCAUUGAAGGGGGCCUUCUUCAUUGCGAGCUUGUUCUCUGACAGCCACUCCGAGCUUCUUUAAUGGCAGAUUUGCAUAGGAAUCACUGAAACAUAGGCGAGGACUGCAUUGUGGAGAACCUGAGCUCCGUUAGUGGCGUAUUUGCAGAGGAAUCUGUGAACAGAGGGGACCAAUCUUACUUGUUUGCAGAGAAAUCAGUUGAGUUUCGUAAGAGCAACUCGGGGCUUCAUUAAUGGCGGAUUUGCACGGGACGCUUUGAACAGGAACGACCAGUGUGACCUUUUUUGCAGAGAAUGAAUUGGGUAUUGUAAGAACAGCUUGGAGCUUUACUACUGGCGGAUUUGCAGUGAAAUCUCUGAUCAUAGGAGCGAAAAAAAUCGAAUUUUUGCGGAGAAAAACUGACGUGUUUUAUAUAACAACUUGGGGUGCUGCAUUAAUGGCUGAUUAUCCAAGAAAUAUCUGAAACAGUGGUGAAAAGUUUGCAGAGAAAUGAGUUGGGUUUUCUCAGAAAGCAAGCGAAGCUUAAUCUCAAGCUUCAUCCCUCCUAGCCCACCUCCUCAACCAGAGGUCUUUCAUGGCUUCCUCCACCAAAACCAGUUGAACCCAUCUCCUUAUAACUUCCAAAAAGAACAAUCAACCAGCAAAAUAAGCCCUGCUGUUCUCUUCAUUAUAGUAAUUUUAGCAGUGGUUUUCUUCAUCUCUGGCUUGCUCCACCUCCUCGUUCGAUUUCUUCUUAGGCCCCAAUCUCCAUCCCCAAGAGAACCAGAGCUCUCAGACUCUGCAAAUACUUUUCAAGGUCAAUUGCAACAACUCUUUAAUCUCCAUGAUUCAGGUGUUGAUCAAGCUUUCAUUGAUGCAUUACCAGUUUUCAUUUAUAAAGCAAUAAUGGGUUCAGAAACAGAGCCCCCAUUCGAUUGUGCAGUGUGCUUAUGCGAGUUCGGGAGCGAAGAUAAGCUUCGAUUGCUCCCAAAUUGUAGCCAUGCUUUCCAUCUGGACUGCAUCGAUACAUGGUUACUCUCUCACUCUACAUGCCCACUUUGUAGGGGGAGCAUCUCCUCUGAUUUCCAUGGAGUUUUCAUUCCUUCUUUCGGGGACGAAAUUGGGGUUUCUAGAGAAAGAGAGAACGGUUUAGAGGAAGUGGUUGCAGGUGGUGACAGUGGAGGUGAUCAGGGGUUUCAAAAGCAAGUGGAAAUUGGGGUAGAGAGAGAGAGUGAGCAAAGGGUAGAAAGAGAAGAGAUUGUUGAUGUUCCAGAGCAAAGAGUUUUUCCGGUAAAGCUAGGAAAGUUCAGGAGCUUGAACAACAAUGGGGCGUUAGAGAGAGAAAGUGGGAAUAGCAGUGGGGUUCUAGAGAGAGAAAGUGGGAGCAGCAGUGGGGUUCUAGAGAGAGAAAGUGGGAGUAGUGGUAGCUGCAGCAUGGAUGCGAGGCGAUGUUAUUCAAUGGGGUCUUUCCAGUAUGUUUUGGGGACAAAUGAUCUUAGAGUUGCAGUCACUCCUGCAAAAAAGAUGAGAAUUCCAGCCAAUCUAGAGAGUCGAAAUUGCGACCUAGAAGCGAAGAAGCUCAGCAAUGCCGGAAAGUUCGAGAGCUUCUCAGUGUCGAAGAUUUGGCAAUGGUCGAAGAAAGAUAAAUGUUCGAGUUCAGAAGAAAGGAUAGGAGGAUUAUUUAAACUGUAAGUGAAAUUACAGUGAUGGAUUGUUUCAGAUUUAGAUAUUAGAUAAAUGUGUCUAUAGAUCAAAUUUUAUGCAGCAUACCUUUAUCUGGUAUGUGUUUUCUUUUCUCCCAUUUUUAGCUUUAUUAUUUUUGCGGACUGUCUUAAUGUAAAAUCAGAGAUUUGUAGUCUUCUUCUUCCUUCAUCUGUUUUUCAUGGUUU